AAAAUGCCCCAAUCAUCCGGGUCGAAGGCCUUGACCAUAACCUCACUUGUGGUGAGGCUCCUGACCUUGAUUUUCCUCCUAGCAUCUCUCAUAGUCAUAGCCACAGACUCUGCCACCAUGAAGAUCGACUUCACGGAAGUAAAAAUUAGGUUAAAAAAUGUGUAUUCCUACAGGUACAUGGUUUCAGUAGCCGUGAUUGGACUGGCCUACACCUUUUUGCAAAUUCCCUUUGCAGUCCACUAUGCGUGCACAGGAAAACGCCUAGGAGCCCAUGAUGGGCUUCUCAAGUUUGAAUUCUUUGGUGACAAGGUAAUAUCAUAUCUGUUAGCAACAGGAGUUGGUGCAGCAUUUGGUGCCACUUUCGAUCUGAAGAAGAACUUGGAUGAUCUGGAGAGAUUGGUUAGAAGAAUGAAUAUAUAUGGCAGCGCAUUAUUGUUCUCUGAAAUUCGAUCAAAGCUUGAUGACUUCUUUAACUUGGCAUAUGUCUCGGCGGGUCUCCUUCUCCUUGGAUUCUUAUGCUCUGGGGUAUCAUCUAUCAUUUCAUCUUUGGCCCUCUCCAAGUAAAGGAUAAACAGAGAGGAAAGCGUUGUCGAUAUGGCUUUCCAAGGCAUCUUCAAACUGUAAAUGGACCUACUUCAAUUUCUAACUUUACUACUUUACCUUUUCCUUUUCCCUUUUUCCUUUUUCCUUUUUUUUUUUUUGUUCUUUUUUCUGUUUUUAUCUUUUUGAAGGAAGAUCCUUUAAAUACAAACUUUGUUCUCUUGCAAACCGUCACAAAAAUGGAGUGAUUGCUAUACAAUCACUCUUUUCUUCAAAUCUUUGUGAUAACCACCUUAAUUGUACUAGAUUUAUCACCCUCAAUCAUGGCAUUGGAAAGUUGCUUUUGUC